AUGAAAUGGAUCAGCAGUGAUCGGGAGGUUCUUGAGACUAUACCAGAACCAGAGCGCGCACAGACUAUCAAGGAGAUCAGCCUCCAACAUAUAGUUGAAAGAGUACUCUGCGUGCAAUGGAGAGUAAACACCAAUACAUUUGGCUUCGACGUCAAUGUCAAAGAAAGGCCCCCUAUGCGGAGAGGUAUCUUGUCCAUUAUUGGAUCAGUGUUCGACCCCUUUGGUUUUGCUGCACCAUUUGUCCUUACAGCCAAGAAAAUUCUACAAGACCUUUGCAAGAUGAAAUUGGGCUGGUAUGAGGAAAUACCUCCAGAGUACAAUGUACGUUGGCAAAAAUGGCUUGUAGACCUUCCUAUGCUGUCAAAGCUUCCGAUCAACCAUUGUUUUAAACUGGCCAACUUUGGGACCAUCGCUUAUAGUCAGUUGCACCAUUUUUCAGACACUUCGGAGAUUGGGUUUGGUUCAGUAUCUUACCUGGGCCUGGUUGAUAUCAACGAUAGAGUCCAUUGUGCUAUCCUUCAAGGAAAGUCAUGGCUCGCACCUUUGAAGAAAUUUACUAUUCCUCGAUUAGAGCUUUCAGCGGCAACAGUGUCAAUGCAGUCAGACAAAGCCAUAAAGAGAGAGCUAGAACUCCCACUUACUGAGCCAUCAGUUUUCUGGACGGAUAGUACAUCAGUGUUACGUUAUGUGAACAAUGAAGACAAGGGAUUUCACACAUUUUUAGCUAACCGCAUCGCAAUCAUUCGGGACGGAUCCGACCCUAACCAGUGGAGGUAUGUGAGUGGAGAAUCUAAUCCAGGCGACGACCUCUCAAGAGGGCUAUCAGCAGAGAUACUGCUUGACCGUGAACGAUGGAUAAAGGGGGCGCAAUUUCUCUGGAUGCGAAUGGAGGUGUGGCCUCGAAACCCCACGAUGCUAGAUAGCAUUCCAGAUACCGAUCCAGAAGUGAAACAAGAAGCCAAUUCUUUUAUGUCAUCAGCAAAGGAGCCAUUUGGUCCUUUAGCGAAGUAUUUCCAGCAUACCUCAUCCUGGUACAGGCUGAAAAAAUCAGUUGCCUGGUUCUUGCGUUACUGUGAGAAGUUACAAUCUGCCAGCAAGGGUGAAAAACCAAGGAAGUCGCAUGCAGGGACGAUCUUGUCUAUCUCCGUUGAAGAAAUGAGAGCAGCAGAGCUAGAAAUCCUAAAGGCUAUUCAACGCCAUCAUUUUCCUGAAGAAAGGCGCUCCCUCACAAGGUGUGGAAGUACUGUAAAAAAGUCAAGUUGCUUACAAAGCUUAGAUCCAAUACUGGUUUAUAGCUUGCUGCGUGUCAAAGGAAGACUUAGACCAGCCCAGGCGUCUUUUGACAGUAAAAAUCAAAUCAUCCUUCCAAAGAAUGAUCACGUGUCCAACCUUUUGAUAGAGCACUUUCACCUUAUCUCUGGUCACUCUAGUAGAGAGUACAUUUUGAGUCUUUUGCGCGAACGAUUUUGGGUAAUCAAGGGAAGCUGUGCUGUGAGAAGAAUCCUGUCUAAAUGUGUUAGUUGCCAUCGCCGUCAGGCGCCAGUUCUCGAGCAGAAGAUGGCUGACCUUCCUGAGGACCGUCUUACACCAGACCAGCCACCCUUCACAGCAGUUGGCGUUGAUUGCUUUGGACCCUUUCACAUUCGACAUCCUCGAAGCCUUGCCAAGCAACACGGAAUUAUUUUUACAUGUUUAGCUAUUUGCACAGUGCAUAUCAAAGUAGUUCAUAGCUUGGAGACGGAAUCCUUCCUACUAGCACUAGGAAGAUUUAAAGCGAGGAGGGGUCAAGUGAAAGAGAUCCGUUCAGAUAACGGUACUAAUUUCACAGCCGGUGAAAGGGAGCUCCGACGAUCCAUCCGUGUUUGGAAUCAAGAAAGGAUUCAUGAAAGCUUGCUCCAAAAGGACAUCAAAUGGACCUUUAACCCACCUUACGGCUCGCAUCACGGUGGCGUCUGGGAGAGAUGUAUUCGGACCACCCAGAAGAUCUUAAAUGCUCUCCUCAAGCAACAGACUCUCGACGAUGAAGCGUUAGUCACUCUCAUGUGCGCAGUUGAGUCGAUCAUUAACGGAAGGCCAAUAACAAAAGUAUCUGAAGAUGCAAAGGAUUUGGAACCCCUCACCCCCAAUCACUUGCUGCUUUUGAAAUCUGGAUCAGUUUUGCCUCCAGGGACCUUUAGCUGUAGAAGAUGGCGUCAAGUUCAGUACAUGGCUGACCAGUUCUGA